UAACGGACCCUCCGUCUGUUGUCGUUAACGGACAAGUCUGUUGACAAUCAUGUGAAUUACCAAGAAUCGGUGAGUUUUUGGUGCCGCACAGGGAGACGGAAAUGACGACCACCGAUGUAGAAACACGCUGAAUCAGUGAGAUGUCUCUGGCUCAGAGGGUUUUGUUGACCUGGGUCUUCACCCUGGUCUUCCUCAUCAUGCUGGUCCUGAAACUGGACGGGAAGGUGCAGUGGAACUGGUUCCUCAUCUUCCUCCCGGUCUGGGUAUUCGACGGCAUCCUCAUCCUCAUGCUUGCCAUCAAGAUGGCGGGUCGCUGCAAGCCCGGGUACGACCCGCGCAACGGCUCCCCGGACCUGCGCCUGCGUACCUGGUACCUGACGGCCAUGCUGCUCAAGCUGGGCUUCUGCCUGACGCUGUGCGCCAAGCUGGAGAAGCUGGCCGACGUCAAGCUGACUUUCGUGUGCAUACCGCUGUGGACCAUGUUGCUGGGGGCGCUGGUGGAGCUGGGGAUGAACAUCUUCCCUGAAAGGAGGGAGGCCUAGGAAAGGAUGCAUCGUUACACACCAACGCAAUCAUCAGUUCAGACAUUAGUAGUCAUUUUAAGAAGAGACUUUGUGUGGAAAUACAAAUCAGUGUGUUCAGACCUCGGUGGAGUCUGCCGUCUGUCCAUUCGUGUUCAAAACAAAAAAAAUGGCAGUAUUUUCCAUACGAAGGAAUGCCAAAAGGGGAUCAACUGUAAAUGUAUGACUACUGUGAAUCUAACACUGGAAGACACAAUAAGCUCCUCCGGUGUUUGCUUUGUGU